AUGGCACCACUUGGACUCGGUGGACUCGGUGGACUCCUUCUGAACCUGGCGAGUGGAACUCCAUGCGCUGGCGAUGGCCAUGCUGGUGGUCACAACAGCUGUGACAGCUGCGACAACGACAUCUCAUUCUUGCAAGCUGAGCUUCGCUUUGCAACUCGGGCAGGACGAGCACCUCCAGCACCUCUGCUGAAACCCAUUGGUCGUAGUUUCUUCUCUGAGGAUCCAGCGAACUCUGCAAAGUGGUGGCUCCGUUACAGCAGCUCAGAGCAGCUACCUCCAGAGAAGAUGAUGACUGUUGGUUUGGACCAAAGUUCCGAGAGUGCAGCAGUUAUGGUGAAAUCGAAGGGAGAAGAGGUGGAGAAACUUUAUUUUCUCAAUGUCAACGACUGGAAAAGCCCUUCGAACCUCACCAUGAAGGAUUUUGUCCAAGCUGCAAAAUUGUCCUGGGGGUCUGUGAUGAAGCGAGAACAGCUCUACAGCCCGUGGACUGACUUUCACGAUGGCCACAUCGUGGAAACUUUGAGGUUUGAUCAGGUUGAGAUGGACAUGCAACCCUUCCAGUUGUAUGAGACUGGUGUCGUUCAAAGGGCGUAUAUCCCAAAUACAACAUGGACCAUGGAAUGGCGUACAGAUCCUGACUCUGAUCGAGUGUUUCCAUCUUCUGCUGAGUAUGCAGAGCUGGUUAUGUUCAAAAACCCAGACAAAUGCCGUAACCAUUGGAACGACGAAUUUCCAGAGAGAGCCUACUGGAAGAGUACCUUUCCUGUUCUGAAUGCUUCAGCUGCGAAAGAGUUUGCUUUGGAUGUUUUGCAUGCGAAACCACUUGAGAAAGAGAAUCCCUAUCCAUGGCCGAGACAACCGGGCUGCAUUGCUGUGCAGUGGGCCAGCUUGCCGCAAGCUGCAGGGGAACCCUUUCAACUGCAUUUUGUGGAGGAUUUCGUUUACGACACGGUCCUUCACAGCAUCCCUGAAUUUCUCCAGUACCAGCAGGAUUUUUUGCAGACAGAUGUAUCAAAAGGAUGUAUCAACAGCUUCAUGCUGAACAAUCUCAUUUUGGAGACAGAAUCACUUGAUCCGUUUGCCCGGCGUUUGGAUGAACUGUCGGUCCCCUACUUUGUGUUUGCCAUUGAAGACAGGUAUGCUCUGCUUUUCUCAUUUCCUGGAAACGAGGGAGUAACUUUACAGCUUCAAAGUCCUCAUUUGAGCUAUGUGGCACCGCGACCGGUGGAGUUCUGCAAGUAG